AGCUCAAGGAAAGCGUUCCCUUGAAGAGCAACACUAUGCCUGAAUCAAAGCAGCCUCACUUCGAGACUCUCCAGCUUCAUGCGGGUCAGGAGCCGGAUCCCGCGACCAAUUCUCGAGCAGUUCCGAUCUAUGCGACCACAUCAUACGCCUUCAAUGACUCCGCACAUGGCGCCAGGCUCUUUGGCCUCAAAGAGGCUGGUAAUAUUUACAGUCGCAUUAUGAAUCCCACAGUCGAUGUCUUCGAGAAGCGUAUCGCUGCUCUUGAAGGUGGUGCCGCAGCCGUUGCAGCCUCUUCUGGCCAAGCAGCGCAGUUCAUGGCCAUCUCCGCCCUUGCCCAUGCUGGUGACAAUAUUGUGUCGACCAGUAACUUGUAUGGUGGCACUUAUAACCAAUUCAAAGUCCUCUUUCCUCGUUUCGGAAUCAAAACCAAAUUCGUUCAAGGAGACAGUCCAGAGGCCAUAGCUGCAGCCAUUGACGACCGUACGAAGGCAGUCUACGUUGAAACGAUCGGAAACCCUCGGUACAAUGUACCCGACUUCGAGGCCAUCGCAAAAGUCGCUCAUGAAAAGGGUGUACCUUUGGUGGUCGACAACACAUUCGGAGCUGGUGGCUAUUUUUGCCGGCCAAUCGAGCAUGGCGCUGAUAUUGUUGUACAUAGCGCCACCAAGUGGAUCGGCGGCCAUGGCACGACAAUCGCGGGUGUGGUUGUUGAUAGCGGGAAGUUUGACUGGGGCAAACAUGCGGCACGUUUCCCACAGUUUGUCGAACCCUCUGAAGGCUAUCACGGUCUGAAGUUCUGGGAAACCUUUGGUCCCAUUGCCUUUGCCGUUCGUGUGAGGGUGGAGAUCCUCCGUGAUAUUGGACCGGCUCUAAAUCCGUUUGCUGCGCAACAGCUCCUGCUCGGGAUCGAGACCUUGAGUUUGCGUGCUGAUAGACACGCAAGCAAUGCCAUUACGCUAGCCAACUGGCUUCUCAAGAAUGAGAACGUUUCCUGGGUCUCAUUUCCUGGCUUGGAGAACCAUCCUAGUCACGAGACUGCUAAGCGCUACCUCAGACAUGGUUUUGGUGGUGUCCUUUCCUUUGGGGUCAAGGGAGGCGCUGUCGCUGGCAUUCAGGUAGUCGAUGGCUUUAAGUUGAUCUCCAAUCUUGCAAAUGUUGGCGACUCGAAGACGCUUGCUAUUCAUCCCUGGUCGACGACUCACGAGCAGCUUACCGAACAGGAGCGUCUUGAUUCAGGGGUCACUGAGGAUGGAAUCCGCAUCUCGGUCGGCACUGAGCAUAUUGAUGAUAUUAUUGCUGAUUUUGAGCAAUCUUUCAAUGCUGCUAGUGCUCUCUAGACCGCGCCCACCCAUGGUAUAUGGUUUCCCAGAUUGCUUGCCGAUGUAGGUGAGGCGUUUUCUACACCAAGGCUACAUGCAAAAUAAACGUAAAGAAUGAUACUACAUGCAAGCCCUCGAAGGGCCACAUGCAUAGGCGUCAGUAAUGACUACGAUCGUUAACACAGAGAUCAACAUAAUACCCGUUCGAAAUAUCGGCGUCGAAGGGGAGCAGAUAAUCAACAAGUCAGUACCUAGUAAUCAAUAACCACAAACCUUCC